AUGAUUAAACCCAGAAUGUUCCAGAAUUUCUCCAAACUGUGGUACCUGUCGAUCACUGAUUUCAAACUGUCGCUGUUUAGCCACGCGUUUACCAGAUCACCGAAUGCAGAGAGCAGCCUUGGUCUGCUUGACCUUUCCGGCAACAAACUGGAGAGCUGCAGUGUUGAAAGCUUGGCAUUUGCAGGUCUUCACGAUCUGACUGAAUUGAAGCUGAACAACAAUUCACUUGAUACUCUGAAACCCCUCUGGUUUUCAGGCCUGACCUUGCUGAAGAAGCUGCAUAUUCAGUUCAAUAAAAUCUCUUAUCUUCCUCCACGCACAUUUGAGGCACUGAUCCAACUGUAUCACCUUAAUGCAUCUUCAAAUCUUAUCCAGUAUAUAUCCACAGAUACAUUCUAUGGACUGGGCUCCCUCACUGACUUGGAUCUAUCCAACAAUCAGCUGCUUUUCAUUGACAGCAAUGCUUUCGGACCCGUGAAGAGAUUAAACCUUCUGUAUCUGAAUGAUAACCAGCUUGAGUUGUUAGCCAAGGUCCCUGGCUCUACACAGAAGCUACGCCUGCACAGUAACCAUUGGGAGUGCAGUUGUCAGUUGGUGCUAUUGCUGGAAACCUGCAGCAAGGCAAUAGAGGAUCCAGGGAAUCUGUUCUGCCAAAGCCCAGAGGAUGUGAAAGGAAAACCUGUCCUGAAUCUCAGUUUUAGUUACUGUUCAUCCACGACUCUGCUCCCUCUGACAACUCCACUCCGUUCAACAACACCAGCCUUGCAAAUCAUUCCAACCAUCAGCGUUCUAGCUAUAAUUUAUGGAUUUAUAGAGACUUUUGGUGCUUGCACGUGUGAAGUAGUGAACCCAGAGUUUGCUGUUAUGGACACCUUGCCUCCUAAUGAGAAUGUUGAGGAUAAUCAAGAAGAACGAAGGCAGGGACGUAUACACGUGUCCACAGAAUUACAGAGAAACGUGGAUAGAGAGAAUGUUAACAGCAAGGUAAUGCAACCUUGUAAGCCAGUGCCCAGUUCCCAUCUAGCUGCUGAUAUUUCACAUCUGCAGAAUAAGGGAAUUGACAAUGUCACUGGCAAAGAUAUCCAACAUGGAAAAGCGGGAAGCCGUGGAGACACAGAAACAGUGGUGGGGAAACUCUGCGAAAUAGCACAAACAUAUUUGUCAAAUAGUUCCUACUUUGGACUAUGUGUGAGCAAUCAGGACAAACGACAGUAUCAAGGUCAGGAGGCACCUUUGUCUGAGAGACUGCGGACAGACACCAGAAAUUUUGCAGGGAACUUGAGGAACAUCAACAGUGAAGCUCAUGAUCCUGAGACUGAAGGUGAAGACUCUCCCAAUGUGAAUGACCUUACUGUCCUCUGCAAUGAAGCUGUAAGCUCCCAGUUGGAAUUCAAAACUGGGAACCAGGAGAAAGUUGAGAUUAUGGAAUUACAGGACAUCCAGACAGAGAAAUUGGAGAAAAAUGAAGCCAAAGCAUUGUACAGGGAGGAGAACGAGAUAUUGGAGGAUGCAUGCCCUCCAGGAAAAGUAAUUGAAUUGAAUGAAACUUCUGUGAAUGACUGCACCAGUGAAAUGAAUAGAAAAAUACUGUUGGAUGCAACUAAUCCCAUUGGAUCCAAAGUAGGAACACGUGGAGUAACAAUUGAUGGAUACUCGAGAAUAGCAGCGAUUUCUAUGGGAGGGAAACUAUUGAGUUCAGCUUUAUUCAACGGAGAUGGAGAUACUCCAUUACCAGAUGUAGAAGAUCGAUCCCAUACAACUCCAAUACUUCCACCGAGCAGCAAUCCAUUUGGAAAAGAGAAGUGUAAGCUAGUAAACAAUAAGAGUAUCAGCCUGCCAAACAUCUGUGGGUCUAGACAUCACACAAAGAAAAAAAUACAAGAAAGUCAGGUUUGUUCAAGAACCCUCGCCGUGGUUAAUGUUAAACCAACAGCUCACACCACCUUCACAUCUGUGGAAAAGUGGCCCAACAUGAACAGGGAGAUGGUUAGUGAGACUUUUGGACAUUUCCUCUCUGCUGGUAUUCAAACUUGUGUGGACGUGGGAUGUUCUUCAGAAAACAAACUUAAGUGUAAAGCUCAGAAACAGAUCCAGGAUCGUACUCCUUGCACAGCCACGCUUCCAAACGAAGAAGAAAUCACCUUAAAAUCUUCCAAGUCUCAAACUAAGCCCAAGGAAAAUAAUCUGUUACAGUCAUUGGAGAUGAAAGGAGGCUUGGAUGACCAAUACUUUGAGUGGCAACAGAAUUUGUCUGGAGACUUUCAGCUGAGUUCAAGCACCGAUCUACAGACUUCCAACUAUUUACAUGUUAGUCAAGGUGCAUUUUCUGAAACUUCACAUCAACAGGACAGUCAUUCCACACUCUCUGGUCAUUCCUGUCAGCAACUGAGAUUCAAUCUGUCUCAAAAUAGCACUUUGCAACAAGGCAGUAAGCAUCAUUCUGAAACUUAUCAAUUUACAAGUGGACACAAACUGGUAGCUGACACGGAACUCAAUGUAUUUGAUACGACUGAUGGUGAAGAGAACGCUGUAUUAGACACCUCUAGUCUACCAGACAUUGAGGAAUUUGCUCACAGUAAAGGCAAGAAACCAGAGCACAUUUCUCCUGUCGUACAAAAAUUUGUAGCAGGUAUUUCCGAACAUGUGCACGCUGGAACUUCCAUUAGCAAAGAUGUUGCUUUAGUGGACAAAGCCCAAACGUCAGAUAGAGAUCAAGUUGUGUUGGGUGGAGCUUUCACUAAAGAAACUGUACAGUUGCCUGAGAGUUCUGCAGCACAUGCUGGUGGUACAAUUGCAAGCAGCAUGAUGACAGAAGAUGAAAUGAGUUCAGUUGGAUCAGUCAGUACAUCCUUUAGCUGGCCGUACACUUGGAGUGCACAAAGUCCAGAGCAUUGGAGCCAAAGUAGCACUACACUUGAGUCUACUCUGGCCUCAAAUCACAGCAAGGCAAACCUUUCACCAAAUGUUAUGUCAAAGAACGAUGAACCUGGGCAAUGGGAUUCCAGCACAGCAGCCAAGGAGAGUAACCUGGAUUGGGAAGACGAUCGAUCUGAGGCAAUACCCUUCCAGCGUGUCACCCAUAGAAAUAGUGCACCAAUAAACAGUGAACCAAAGUUGGAACGGGAAAGACAUUUUCAAUCUCCAGCUAUAACAUACUCAGAAAAAAUCUCUGACUAUAAAGGUGCAGAGAUAAGGAGAGACUCCAGUCUGAAUCUUGGGGAUUGUGAUCACAGGUCGAAAUAUUCCAAAAAUAUGUACAAAUCAGUCUUUAAAAUAAUCGAGCAAGUGCAACAUCCAGUUCCAUUUGAUGCAAGCCGGUACAAAGUGUUGCAGGACAGGUCGGCUCUCGCUGUCCAGGCACAUAAGGCCAAACAUAAAUCAGAAAGUGUUGUGAUUCUGCAAUCCCCAAGUAAAAUUGGUCUCCAGCCAAUUCAAUCUUCUGGGUGUGCUCUUGAAAUGAAUUACCCAAAUGUGGUGUACAGACGGUGGUUUUUGAAGAGUACCUUUGGCAAUACAGUGGCAGAACGGAUUCCCACUGCUGUACGUGAAGGAGGCGAUUUAAGCUCAUCGCCAGAUUUUCAGUUCAGAAAGACUGCCAGGUGUUCAGCCCGUCAUCAGAUAGGGGCUGAGGCAAAGGGACCUGUGGGUGUCACAGGAGUCCAACAGAAUGCUUGUGUACCUGGAGAGUUUCUGCAACAGUACCCACCCACCAGAGAAGAACUCCAGAUGGAUGAUGAAUUAAUGCUAAUCAACACGUUUUACAAUUUGAAGAAAACAUUAAAUAUUGAAUAAAAGUCACAUAACCUGACAAUUUCUUGUAUAUGCCAUCAACAUUACUGAAAAAGUUAUUUUAAUGCUGCAAUUGCUAACAUUUGAUUACAAACAGUAAGGGUAAGUGGUCCCAGUGUAAAGAGGUCUGACAGCCAAUAGAGCCUUAGAGACAUUACAGCACAUCUGGAGGCUUUUUGGCCCAUCGAAUCCAUGCUGGCUCUCUGUGAAGCAAUCCAGUUGAUCCCAUUCAUCAUCUUCACUCAAAGGGUUACAGAUCUUUGGAAUUCUCUAUCCCAGCGAGCUGCAGAUUUUCAGUUGUUUGUUAUUUGAGGCUGAGAUAGAUAAACAUUUUGAGCUCGCGUCAAUUUACAAGAUUUGCAUUGAUGCACGAGUGUAAGUAAAUAAUCAGUUUGAAAUCUGCAGCAUUACUGUUGUGAUAUUGCUCUGAUAAAAUCACUCAGAAACAAUUAAUUGAACUAAUUUACCCUUUGGGCCCAGAUAGCAGCACUAAUUAGAAGUCCAAAGCUCUGGUGCUUAUGUACAUUAUCUGAAUCCUCAAGCUGUGAAGCAACUGCUUGGUAAUUCUUUUCCGCUGUAUCAGCCCAGCUCAGCUAGUAUCUCUGUUCCUUGUCAGUUCGAAGAUUGUGGGGUAAGGCUCCAUUCUCAAAACCUUAGCAGCUAGGAUGACAUUUCAGCGAGGUACAGAGAGAUGCAGUUCUUGGUGAGGUUAUGUCAGCCAACAUUCCUUUCUUAACCAGCACCACCGAAAGUAGGUUAAAGUAUCCCUCAAAACAACGGAAUCACUUAGCACACCCAGUGAGAACUGCUGAAAUGUCGCUGGAACAAACCCUGCUGAGUGUUUCCAUCCACUUCUAUUUUUGCUUCAGUUUUCCAGCAUUUAAGUUUGUAUUUGGUGAACA